AUGUUGCUUGUUCUACAUCAUCAUACUUUCUUGAAACAGGUCGCAGUGGUACUUGUGGUGCUAGCCACCGCGCAGGCUCAUCCUGGGAAUCAAGGACCUGCUUAUGCUUCUGGUCCAAUCCCAUACGGUUUCAACUACGCCGUGAACGACGCUUACAAGGGAACCAACUUCGGCCAGAGUGAGAAGUCCGACGGGAACAGCGUCUGGGGAUCCUACACCGUCGCCCUCCCCGACGGUCGUAAACAAACCGUCGACUACACAGCUGACCACGGCAGGGGAUUCGUGGCCAAGGUCAGCUUCUCCGGCAAGGCUCAGCACCCCAAAGUUUCUGGUCCUGCCGUCGUCUUCUCAACGGAGGCGGAUACCAUUAGCGAUUCUAUAAAUAAAUAUUUGAAUACACUUGGCAUGGCCUUUGUCAUGACAGUGUCCUUAGUGACUAUCACGACCCUCCUUGUAGUGAUGGCUGUUGCACUUGCCAAUCCUGCAAAUUACGGACCCGCCUAUGCUGCUAUCCCUAUACCAUAUGGCUUCAACUACGCCGUGAACGACGCUUACCAGGGAACCAACUUCGGCCAGAGUGAGAAGUCCGACGGGAACAGCGUCUGGGGAUCCUACACCGUCGCCCUCCCGACGGCCGUGGACUACACAGCUGACCACGGCAGGGGAUUCGUGGCCAAGGUCAGCUUCUCCGGCAAGGCUCAGCACCCCAAAGUUUCUGGGUCCUGCCGUCGUCUUCCCUCAGAACGGAGGCGGAUACCAUUAACAUGA